CUGUGUUUUGGGAGUUUCAAACCCGGAAGUUUCAAGACAACCACGGCUCAUUUUACCACUACACCCACAAACCGGGUCCCAGCGGGAGUCCGCCCCGAUGGCAUCCGCCGGACAGAUGCACCCGAGCGGCCCGGCGGAGGGAGCGGGGCUCGGGGAGAGCCUGUCGAUCCACGGCAGCACGGAGAAGCUGAGCACCUCCGCUGUCAACCGCAUCCUGAUGGAGUUCCUCGUGUACUUCGGGAGAGCCGUGUUCGUCUUCUACCCGGUGUAUCUGACAGGGUACCUGGGCCUCAGUAUCAGCUGGGUACUGCUGUGCAUGGUGAUGAUCACCUGGUGGAAGAAAAAUCGCCAGUGGAAAGACGCCCGGAUCGGAACCGCGAUCGACUUUGUGGACAAUGAAACACAUGUGAUCAACAAGGAGCUGCAUAACACUUUACAGAUGGCAUCAUGGGUUAAUUUCCCUGAUGUUGAGAAAGUUGACUGGGUUAACAAGGUGUUGGUGCAGGCCUGGCCUUUCUUUGGGAUGUUCAUGGAAAAGCUCCUUAAAGAAAACAUCCAGCCGGUUGUCAGGCUCUCCAACCCUGCACUCAAGAUGUUCACUUUUACAAAGGUCCACUUUGGACACAUACCUGUCAAGAUCACUGGGAUGAAAGUCUACACCCAUGAAGUGGAUCAGAAGGAGGUGAUUCUGGACAUGAAUAUAAGUUACGAGGGUGACGUGGAUAUUGACGCCGAAGUGAAACCACCAAUCACAGCUGGUAUCAAGGGACUUAAACUCAAGGGGAUGAUUAGGGUUAUUUUGGAGCCCCUUAUUGGUCAAGUACCACUUGUUGGAGGAGUCACCUUUUUUUUCAUUCGCCGGCCAACCCUAGAAAUCAACUGGACUGGAAUGACCAACCUUUUGGACAGUCCUGCUUUCAGUUCGUUGUCUGAGGACACCAUCAUGGACAUCAUUGCUUCGCUCAUGGUGUUGCCCAAUCGUAUGUGUUUUCCCCUCAUAGACCAGGUCAAAGUGGAUCAGAUGAGGUUCCCACUACCUCGUGGUGUGGUUAGGGUCCACCUGAUAGAGGCCAGAGACCUGGUGGCUAAGGAUACAUACAUGAUGGGUAUGGUGAAAGGCAAAUCAGACCCCUACGCAAUAGUCAGGGUCGGCAACCGACAUUUCAAAAGCAAGACCAUCAAAGAGAAUUUGAACCCAAAAUGGAAUGAAGUGCACGAGUUUGUCAUCCAUGAGGCCCCGGGGCAAGAGUUGGAGGUGGAGCUAUAUGAUGAGGACACAGAUAAAGAUGAUUUCCUUGGAAGGUAUCACCUUGAUUUCGGAGAGGUGAAGAGAGAGAAAGAAAUGGAUCAGUGGUUUCCUCUGAAAGACAUCCAGAAGGGAGAAGUUCAUCUCAAGCUCCAGUGGUUCUCGCUGAAGACUGACCCCAGCCUGCUGAGUGAGUCUACAGAUGGCUUUGCUUGUGCAAUGCUUGCAGUGUAUCUGGACAAUGCCUCAAACCUUCCAAAAAACCACAGCGAGAUCACAGAGAAUCAAAAACAUCAAAAGCAUGCAAAGGAAGUUCGGCUCACCAGGAAAACUCCCAAUCCCAACUCCUUUGUGGAAUUUUCCAUUGAUAAUGAAGUUCAAAAAAGCAAGGUUGCAUAUGCAUCUAAAGACCCGGUAUGGGAGGAGGGCUUCACCUUCUUUGUGCACAAUGUUAAAACACAGCAGCUCACUGUUCAGGUCAAAGAGCAUGAGAAGAAGACUCAGCUUGGCAUCCUAAGGUUGCCCCUGAGUCGCCUCCUCAACACCUCCAACAUGACACUGGACCAGCGCUUCCAGCUGGAGCGCUCUGGAGCAAACAGCCAGAUCAAACUGAAGGCCACGCUCAGGGUUCUUGCUGUGGAAAAGCCUCCACCCAAGGUUACUCUCAAUCAUCCUCCACAAGCUAAACCACAGACCAGCCAAGGAAGUAAUGGAUAUGUGACCACUCCAGCACUUUCCUCCAACAAUAUCCCCCAUACCCAAGCUUCGUCUCCGAUCCGAGCAGGUGAUUCCCAGAAUGGCUCUAAUGAAGAUCAUUUAGCUCACCGCCGUGGCUCUUUCUUGGCUUCCGAAACCUUGCGGUCAUCUCCUGCCACAGCAAACAUGCGUCGGUACGACUCCCACAGCCUGCUGUCGGAGAACUCCAUCGCCUCGUCACGAUUUGACCUUUCAGAGGGAGCCCCAUACCCAGCGGCCAUUAGGAAUCAUCAGGGUUCAUUUGGGGAGAUCCAUCUGACUGUACGCUACACCAGCCUGAGGAACAAACUCAUCGUUCUGGUUGAUGCUUGCAGGAACUUAUUCCGCUGCAGUGACAACGGCACAGACUCUUAUGUCCGUCUGUAUUUGCUCCCCGACCAAACCUGGAGACACCGCAAGAAGACACAUGUCAAAAAGAGGACAAUCAAUCCUGUCUUCAAUGACAACUUUGAGUUUGACGUGUCACUUCAGGAAGCGCAAACAAGGAAGUUGGAUGUGGCGGUGAAGAACAACAGAAUGUUCCACACACGGGAGAGAAAGGACAUUGGCAUGGUGCUGAUCGAUCUUUCACAGAUGGAUCUGACAAAAGGCACCACAGACUGGUACGAGCUCACACUGCCAGGCCUGAAGAAAUACAGCUAGCAUGUAGACGUCUGUUUACAUCUUAAAGAGUCACCACUGCAAGGCGAAACACACGCCUGAUGAACUGUAUAUUCAUUUGUCUUCCUGAUUACCAGCACAUACUGUAUGGUAAUAUCCCAAACCCCAGCCAUACUUAAGGUCUUACUGGGAAUAAAUGGUUGAAGUGCAUCUCAUCUCAUUUACAGAUAUCCCACAUGAUUUAACAAAAAUAUUCAGAUUAGAAUAUACUGUUCUAAAUGAUCUUAAACAGAGCAGACAAAUAGUUACUAAUAAGACUUUUAAAGAUGCUUUAGUAUCCCAGAGACUAUCAACAUAUGCAUUUGUAUCAAUUUAUUGUAGCUUGUUUGGACUGAUAGGUAGAAAUUAUUCUGAUUAAUAAUGCUAUCACCAAGCAUUUUCCAUGAAAAGAAUGUAUUUAAUCAUAAAAUUCUUGUAUUUGUACUCUAUUGAUAAACAAGGUAAUGUCUUUAUUUCAGAUAUUUUUUGUGAGAUGUUUGUUUUUUUGAGUUGAUCUAAACCAAAUUAUCCUGUUGUAUUUUCAUGUAAAUAGCUGUAUUUACAGUUUGAUGUAAUAUAUCAAGGGAAUUAAAGUUAAAUAAAACAAAAAACAAUUUUGUUCGUUGCAGCUGUGCAUGGGAAUCAUGGCAUGGGUUACACACUUUAAUACACAGUGAUACACACAUACUCACAGCUGGAUAUAAAAAAUACUUUUAAAAAAAUGUUGUACAACCUGCUUGUGCAUAUCUCGAUUUUAUUGUAAAACAUAUAUUUAAGAUACAUAGAGAGUACUAACAACAGCUUUCUGUAUUUAUGUAGAAUUUAAAUAAUUCAGUAGCUGGGUCAUCUAUGAAAGGUUUCCAGUUCUGUUUUUUUAUAACCUUCUAAGUGACUGUAAACUUUAAGCCAACAUAUUUAUGUCAAAUAAAUAUAUUUACGCCAAUAAAUGUUUAUGAAAGUGA